AUGUACACCUAUGGAGCUGCUGAAUACGCUCCAAGAGCUUCCUUUUUACUGACCCUGCCCAAGUCAGCCACCAAUCACUUCUGCUUUCAGGACCUCUGCUUUGUCCUGACAGGAAUCCCUGUACUAGAAAAAGAGUAUUAUUGGAUGGCACUUCCACUGGGUUUCAUCUAUGCUAUUGCUGUCUUAGGCAAUGGCAUCAUCAUCUCCACCAUCAAAUCUGAAGCAUCCCUGCACAUCCCCAUGUACUAUUUCCUGUGCAUGCUGGCACUCGCAGACCUGGGCUUGGCUCUCUGCACUUUGCCUUCCAUACUAGGAAACUUGUGGUUUGAUUAUAAAGUUAUUGCCUUCGAUGCUUGCCUGGUUCAGAUGUACUUCAAUCACACUUUUUCAGCCAUUGAGUCUGGAGUGCUGGUGGCCAUGGUCUUUGACCGAGUUGUAACUAUACGGAACCCGUUAAGGUAUGGCACCAUCCUUACCAGUGGGGUAGUUUGUAGAAUGGGGCAGCCAUCAAGUGCAAUAUGUGUUGUGUUUCCUGUGAUCUUUCUCCUCAAGUGAUUCCCUUUCUAUUAUUCUAAUGUCUUCUCCCAUUCCUUUUGUCUGCACCAGGAUGUCAUGUACCUUGCCUGUACUGACACCCAUAUCAAUAGCCUUUAUGGUCUUAUGGCUGUUUUUUUCACUAACGUUUCAAAUUUACUCUCUAUCUUCCUUUCCUAUGCAUUUAUCCUAAGCACAGUAUUGUCCAUUGCCUCUGGAGAGGGUCAACUAAAAGCACUCAGCACUUGUAUUUCCCAUAUCUGUGCUAUGUUUAUCUUCUAUGUGCCACUUAUUGGGGUUUCUGUUAUUCAUAACUUUGGAAUCCUACUGAUAGGCAUCCACUCAGAGAUUGCUGCUGAGUAUGUUCCAAGAGCUUCCUCUUUACUGACCCUGCCCAAGUCAGCCACCAAUCACUCCUUCUUUCAGCACCUCCACUUUGUCCUGACUGGAAUUCCUGGACUAGAAAAAGAGUAUUAUUGGAUGGCACUCCCACUGGGUUUCAUCUAUGCUAUUGCCAUCUUAGGCAAUGGCAUCAUCAUCUCUACCAUCAAAUCUGAAGCAUCCCUGCACAUCCCCAUGUACUAUUUCCUAUGCAUGCUGGCACUCGCAGACCUGGGCUUGGCUCUCUGCACUUUGCCUUCCAUGUUAGGAAUUUUCUGGUUUGAUUAUAAAAUUAUUGCCUUUGAUGCUUGCCUGGUCCAGAUGUACUUCAUUCACACUUUUUCAGCCAUUGAGUCUGGAGUGCUAGUGGCCAUGGCCUUUGAUCGAGUUGUAGCUAUACGGAACCCAUUAAGGUAUGGCACCAUCCUUACCAGUGGGGUAGUUUGUAGAAUAGGGGCAGCCAUCCUUACAAGGGCAGUCUGUGUGGUCUUUCCUGUACCCUUUCUAAUCAAGCGACUCCCUUUCUACCGUUCCAAUAUCCUGUCCCAUUCCUUUUGUCUCCACCAGGAUGUCAUGCGCCUUGCCUGUGCCAGCACCCGUGUAAAUAGCCUUUAUGGUCUUAUUGCUGUUAUUUUCACUAAAGGUUCAGAUUCACUCUCUAUCCUCCUUUCCUAUGCAUUUAUUCUAAGCACAGUAUUAUCCAUUGCCUCUGGAGAGGGCCGACUAAAAGCACUGAACACUUGUGUUUCCCAUAUCUGUGCUGUGCUUAUCUUCUAUGUGCCACUCAUUGGUGUUUCUGUUAUUCAUCGCUUUGGAAAGCAUCUAUCUCCUCUGACUCAUGCCCUUAUGGCCAAUGCCUACCUCCUUGUUCCUCCUGUGUUAAACCCCAUAGUCUAUACUGUGAAGACCAAAGAAAUUAGAAGGAAGAUUAUCCAAAUAUUUACUCAGAGAAAGAUCACUGUACAGGUUUAG